AUCAUCGAAAUCGUUGUUUAACAUUUUCGAUCCUUUCGUGGGUCGAACGAGAAAUCCAGUGACUUUAUCGUUCUACAUUAAAUAACGAUACUCGUUUCAUUCCAACGAAAUGCCAACCAGCUUGGAGAUUGUGAUUCAUUUCGAAGUGAAAUAAUAAUUGAUUGACUGUAUACGAUAAACAGUCAAUGAAUUAUUUUAAUUGUUCUCGUGUAUUUAUGUCUUUUCUGUGUUGCCUCGUCGAUAUACGUAUAUCUUACAUUCUGUUGUUGACAUCGCCGGCAAUUUGAAAUGUCCUAGGAUGAUAGAAAAACAAAAGCAGGAAGAGAGGAAAGGAGGAAGUAAAGGAGAAUGUUGUGAAGAGAGAGGAAAAAAAGAAGUCCACGCAUGAUAUGACUCAGUCUCAUGAGGUUUUGGCAAUGAUGGAUGCACACACAACAACAUUCGGACGAACGAAAGGCUGCACGAUCUCUCGUUGCGGUGCUUUUCUUUUCGCUACCAUCUUUCUCAUUUCGUUAGUGGUGACCGGGCUAUUGGUCUAUCAUUACGCUCCCUGCUUCGAAGAAAAAAUUCAAUCGUGCGAGGCUCUUCGGGAUAGUUUUGGUUUUCAAAUUGAGAGGACACUUCCCGGCAAAUCGGCAACCGAAAAGAAAAUCAACGUUAGAUUACCGAAAUCGAUCAUACCGGAUUCUUACGAGUUACGACUGAUACCUUUCAUAUGGGAAGGAAAUUUCACUUUCAAUGGUGAGGUGACUAUCGUAGUGAACGUAACGAAAAGCACGAAAAAUGUAACGCUUCAUGCGAUCGAUAUGAAGAUCGACGAGUCCCUUACAAGUAUACAAGAAUUUUCUCUGACCAAUAAUAGAACAAAGCCGAUCGCAAUCGUCGAGCAAAAAAACGACACCGAAAGGCAAUUUCUUGUGAUUAAAACGUCGGACACGUUGAAGGAGGGUAAGCAAUACGUGGUGCAUCUCAAGUUCGUUGGCCAGCUGAACGACUACCUUCAAGGUUUCUACAGAAGCUCCUAUACCAUCGGCAAUCAAACGAGAUGGAUUGCCACGACACAAUUUCAAGCAACGGACGCUCGCCGUGCCUUUCCCUGUUUCGACGAGCCAGCCAUGAAAGCCAAAUUCCAAAUCAGCAUAGGUCGGCCUAGAAACAUGACGUCUCUGUCAAAUAUGCCGAGAAAAGGACAACCCGAGCCAAUACCUGGUCUUCCUACGUACGAGUGGGAUCAUUACGAGCAAUCCGUACCAAUGUCUACUUACUUGGUAGCUUUUAUAGUUUCCGACUUCGAAAUGUUAAAAUCGGAAUCUCGAAACUUUAGUGUCUGGGCGCGCAAGGAAGCCCUUAACCAAUCUUAUUACAGCUUGGAUAUCGGUCCAAAAAUACUUGAAUAUUAUGAGAAUUAUUUCAAGAUAAAGUUCCCUCUUCCAAAAAUGGACAUGGUCGCGUUACCUGAUUUUUCGGCUGGAGCUAUGGAGAAUUGGGGAUUGAUCACUUACAGAGAAACAGCAAUGUUAUAUCAAGAACGAGUGUCAACGAGUAGCAAUUUGCAAAGAGUAGCAACAGUGGUGGCUCACGAAUUGGCCCAUCAAUGGUUUGGAAAUUUGGUCACACCAAGUUGGUGGUCGGAUCUUUGGCUGAACGAAGGCUUUGCCAGUUACGUCGAGUACAUCGGAAUGAACGCGGUAGAACCAACGUGGAAAGUUUUAGAACAAUUUGUAGUUAACGACUUGCAUUCCGUCUUUGGAUUAGACGCUUUACAAUCUUCUCAUCCUAUAUCGAUAGAGGUUGAACAUCCGGAUGAGAUCAGUGAAAUUUUCGAUAGAAUCUCCUACGAGAAAGGUGCUUCUAUACUAAGGAUGAUGGAUCAUUUUCUUACAACGGAUGUUUUCAAGCGAGGACUCACAAAUUAUUUAACCGAAAAAGCUUAUCAAAGUGCCGAACAAAACGAUUUGUGGAACGCUCUUACGAAACAAGCUCACAAAGAUAAGGUUUUGGAUCCUUCUAUUACGAUCCAACAAAUUAUGGAUACGUGGACCCUUCAAACUGGUUUCCCUGUUGUUACCGUAACGCGAAAUUAUCUAAAUGGUAGUGCCACACUCACACAGGAACGCUUCAUGCUCCAAAAUAAUACUAUGAUUACCACGGAGGAAUCUAAACUACUUUGGUGGAUUCCUAUUACAUACACGAACGAAAAUGAAUUAAAUUUCAAUCGAACUCGGCCCAAUCAUUGGAUGAAAGCAGAACAUUCGAUCAUUUUGCCAAAUUUGAAUGCCACUUCACAUCAAUGGGUGAUUUUCAACGUCUUGGAAACUGGUUACUAUCGUGUUAAUUACGAUAAGACGAACUGGCAAUUGAUCAUAAAACAAUUGAAUAAGGAUAACUUCAGGGAUAUAUCAACGAUUAAUAGAGCUCAGUUGAUCGAUGAUGCUCUUAAUUUAGCUAGAGCAGGCAAACUCGAUUACGCGAUUGCUUUAGAUGUUACUUCUUAUUUGGCACACGAAAACGAGUAUUUACCUUGGAAAGCUGCUCUGACUGCAUUAAAUUAUUUAGACGAUAUGUUGAUAAUGCUACCUGGUUACGAUAAAUUCACAGUUUACACUUUGAAGCUUUUGGAUAAUGUAUACAAGCAAGUUGGCUUUACGGACAAGCCUGGCGAUCCGCAACUAACAGUAUUUACGAGAGUAGACGUUCUUAAUUGGGCAUGUACCUUUGGUCACGAUGAUUGCGUUGAUAACGCAGUUAAUCAAUUCUACAACUGGCGUAAAAUGCCUGAUCCAGAUACAAAUAAUCCAAUAUCACCAAAUUUGAAGAGUGUCGUCUAUUGUACCGCUAUUCGAGUGGGUAGUCAAGUCGAAUGGGAAUUCGCCUGGCAAAGAUACUUAAAUACCAACGUGGGAUCCGAGAAGGAUUUGCUUUUACAAGCCCUUGGAUGUAGUCGAGAAGUUUGGAUCUUGAGUAGAUAUUUGGAUUGGGCGGUUACAGAGAACUCUGGAAUUAGAAAACAAGAUGCGACAAGAGUCUUUGGAUCCGUAGCUAGAAACAUUAUUGGUCAUCCUCUGGUCUUCAACUACCUCAGAAACAAAUGGUCCCGUCUAAGAGAAUAUUUCGGUACUUCUUUAACUUUGAUAAACAAUAUCAUCAAGUCAGCGACCAGAGGCAUCAACACGAAGUCCGAACUUAAAGACUUAAAAGAUUUCAUAGCGAUGAAUAAAGAUAAACUUGAGAGUGCGACCAGAACCGUUCAACAGGCUGUAGAGCAGGCUGAAGAAAACAUAAAAUGGUUAGACAAUAAUUACGCGACGAUCCGCGAUUGGUUGCAAAGAAACACGGCGUAAUGUGGGUUAAAUUAAUAUUAAAAAUAUGAUAUAUCGAAUUUCAUUCGAUACCACGUUUAAUAUUGUGGAUUUGCGAGAUAGGUUGUUAAAUCUUUGGAACUGUAGAACGUUCUAAACAUCUCCGCAACUCACAUCUCUUUUAUUCCGAUUAAGCGUAUGUUACUCAAAAUAAAAUUUGUCGAAUUAAAUAAGUUCGCAAGAGAGUAUAAUAUGUAAGUGUUUUUAUAUGUAUCUGUAAAUAUGUGCGCGAUAUUAUAUGUAUGUGUAUUAUACAAAUAAUAUUUAGAAUAUACGUCAAUGUGGAUAUGAAAGAGGCUGAUGAUUUAUGGAUAAUAAUGUGAAACAUAAUGUGAAAUAAAUAGUAAAACCAUGAAUGAUUGUUGAAAAUACACAAUAUAUAUCAUUA